GCAAGGCAUUUUUUUCCCCCACUCACUCUGCAGCAUGCAGCUCACAGAGAGGAAAAUGGAAAAGUCAUUGUGCACGUUGGCUGCAGUCAUUUUUCUGGGAGGAUAUUUUGACGCAGCGCAGCUGACAGAUGAUACAACAACUGAGGUUCAUUUAUUGUUAAACAGCACAAGUACAGCUGCGUCUGUCACUGUGCAGCUGCAGCAUCACAGCACAGCCAAAACGACUCCAACAGCGGCACAGAAGUUACACACCACCGCUGUAACGAAAAAAAAGCUGCACAGAAAAAACAUCACCCGGGACAGUGAGGAGGAAAACAACGGAGAAAAGAAACAUGCGAGCAAGACAGACGACAAGAAAACACAACUGGAGUGUCCUCCUCUUGGCCUGGAGUCUCUGCGUGUCGAUGAUAGCCAGAUCCGGGCUUCUUCCUCCCAGAGGUCGGGUCUGGGUCCUCACAGGGGGAGGCUGAACAUCCAGUCUGGCAUAGCGGACGGAGACCUGUACGAUGGAGCCUGGUGUGCGGAGUAUAAGGACCAGAACCAGUGGCUGGAGGUGGACGCCAUCUACCUCACGCUGUUCACCGGAGUCGUCCUGCAGGGAAAGAAUUCCAUCUGGAGUUGGGACUGGGUUCACACCUACAAAGUGCAGCUGAGUAAUGACUCUGUGACCUGGAAAACCUGCAUGAACAGGACUGAAGAGGCGAUAUUUGAAGGGAACCAGAACGCAUGGGCUCCGGUGCUCGCUGUGCUUCCUGUUCCCACGGUUGCCCGUUUUAUCCGCAUCAACCCGCAGACCUGGUACAUCAACGGAACCGUGUGCCUGCGGGCGGAGAUCCUCGGCUGCCGGGUGCAUGAUCCAGAUGGCAUCUACUCAUCGGAGCAGGAUUUAGGAUCAAAAGACCCUCUGGACUUCAGACAUCACAACUACAAUGAGAUGAGGAAGCUCAUGAAGUCUGUAACGAAGGAGUGCCCGGACAUCACGCGGAUCUACACCAUCGGGAAGAGCUACACCGGACUCAAACUGUACGUCAUGGAGAUCUCAGACAACCCUGGAAAACAUGAACUAGGCGAGCCGGAGUUUCGCUACGUGGCCGGGAUGCACGGGAACGAGGCUCUGGGCCGAGAGCUCGUCCUCAACCUCAUGCAGUAUUUGUGCAAGGAAUACAAGAAGGGCAACCAGCGCGUCGUCCGGCUGGUGACCGACACUCGGAUCCACCUGCUGCCCUCCAUGAACCCCGACGGAUACGAGGAAGCUUAUAAGAAGGGCUCUGAGCUGGCGGGAUGGGCUGAGGGACGAUACAGUUUUGAAGGAAUCGACUUGAAUUCUAACUUUCCGGACCUGAACAACAUCAUGUGGGACGCCGAGGAGAUGGCCACCGAUAAGUCUAAAGUGUCCAACCACUACAUCCCCAUGCCAGAGUACUACACUCAGGAGGACGCCAUGGUUUCACCAGAGACGCGUGCGGUCAUCAGCUGGAUGGAGGAUAUUCCCUUCGUGCUCAGUGCUAACCUUCAUGGGGGGGAGCUGGUGGUCUCGUAUCCCUUUGACUGCACCUGGGGCUGGGCCCCCCAGGAGGACACCCCCACGGCCGACAACGCUUUCUUCCGCUGGCUGGCGACCGUGUACGCCUCCACUAACCUGGUGAUGGCCAACCCCAACCGACGCCUCUGCCACUACGAGGACUUCCAGGUGCACAACAAUAUCAUCAAUGGGGGGGCCUGGCACACCGUCCCUGGGAGUAUGAAUGAUUUCAGUUACAUGCACACAAACUGCUUCGAGGUGACGGUGGAGUUGUCUUGUGAUAAGUAUCCUCACGUCAGCGAGCUUCCCAUCGAGUGGGAGAACAACAAAGAGUCUCUGUUGGUGUACAUGGAGCAGAUUCACAGAGGCAUCAAGGGUGUCGUAAGGGAUAAAAUGACCAAUCAAGGAAUAUCAGAUGCUGUGAUAAAAGUGGAGGACCACGACCAUGAUAUACGAUCAGCUGCUGACGGGGACUACUGGCGUCUGCUGAACCCAGGAGAGUACAAGGUGGUGGUCUGGGCCGAGGGUUACUUCCCCUCAAUGCGUCGGUGCCAUGUUGGCAUGGAGCCACGUGCCACCAUCUGUGACUUCACCCUCACCAAAACGCCCCUCCAGAGACUGAAAGAGAUCCGGGCCAAGGGGUUGAAGAUCCCACAGGACUUCCUCCAGCUGCGUCUCCGGGCCCUGAGGCUCCGCAAGCUGCGCGCCACCACCAAGGUCCUCAACCAGCGCAGGGUGGGCCAGAGGACGCUGCAGGAGGAGAGGAAGGCUCGGGGGGCGUGAUGGGGGAGAGUCAAGAGGCAGAAGGGGGAGAGGGGCCAAAGAAAAGCCCCGGAUAUGAGCUCAAGAAGUUCAAAAGGAGAAAACUGACCUCUGGAAAAAGGGACUUGUUCCCGCUUGGAAGGACAAGAUUAAAGGGUCCGUUCAUCCAAUUAACAAAAUAUAUUUAUUUCAUGUCGUUUGUCGUAAAACAUUUGCCGCCAAAUAUUUGGCUGUACUGACCCUUUAGGGCUGAUUAAGACAGGAUCCUAGUUUUUUUCCAAAACAUGGACAAAAUCUGAACUUUAAAAAAAAAAGAUUGACAAAGAUUUUGUGCAUCUUCACGUUAAAAACAGCCUUCACUGAAUGCUAAAGUUUAAUUUACCUUUUGUUUUUAUUCCUAUUAACUGUUUGAGUAGACAUAGCAGUUGAUGUAGUGAUGUUGACGACUGAGUUGAGGAUUUAAGUGUCAGCUGGUCUGAUAUGACAUGUUUUUUCAAAAUAUGUCUUUUGGUUUGAUUGACCAUAAAAUCUGUAAUAAAUAUUACUUAUUUGUG